AAAUGUCCCACAGCCAUGGAUUACUUUUACGUUGUUUACCUCUGUCAUCCAUUCUCAGUUCCUAUAUGGAUGUCGGCCAAAGUGAAAGUAAGCACGUCAGACUGAAAGCAAGCGAGAGAGAGAGAUGGAUGGGAGUGAGUGAGCAUAGAGGACAGACUCGUUUGACAGGUUUUACAUAACUUAAGGUGUGACUGAGAGAACAAGGCCAUUGUGGUUGGGAGGAGAGGAGGGAGAAUGGUGGCAGUUCACUGACGCAGGCUUGAUACUCAGAAUUACUUUGAAACCCACAGUUUAAAGGACAUUUAAAGGACACACAGAAAAGACCCUGUUCUUCCCCAAAAUACCAAAGCAGCAAUGAUGGACCCCUACCGAAUUCCGAGCCCCCCCAUCCCACAUGCUCCCAACCCCCCGCCUUUCAACCCUCCACCUUACCCAGGAAUCAGAGCGAUUGGUGUAAACGGCGGCCAACCUCAGCCUGAUAUUUCUUUUCUACGAGCGGAGAGAGAAGUGGGGAUCCUUAAUCACUGUUUCGAUGACAUUGAGGUCUUCAUGGCAAAGCUACAACAGACUGCAGUGGCUGCCGCAGUUUUAAGCCAGAGGAAGAAGAAAAAGCAGAAAAGUCGCAAUCAAACAGCAGAGGAGGACUUGCUUACUGCAAAAGCUUUCCCUCCACCCGAAGAAGAAUUCAUGGAUAUCUUUCAAAAAUUCAAAUACUGCUUCAGUCUUCUGGCUCGUCUCAAGUCUUCCAUCUCCAACCCAUCUUCAGAAGAGCUGCUCCACCAUGUGUUCAAACCUCUGGAUAUGCUGGUGAGGACUAUUGGGGGCCCAGCUUUAGGAGCCUCAGUGAUCAGCCCUGCCCUGACCAACUCAGCCAUAUCCCUGCUUCAAGACAACCUGACCGAAGAGGAGAGGCAGAUAUGGACGGCCCUUGGGCCCCACUGGACACUACCCCAUUCCCAGCUCAGAGGGCCCGUGGCCCCGUACACGCCUGUGUUCCUGGACGGGUGGAAGCCAGAGGCCUCCAGGGCAGAUGGGCAGGUUUGGGAAGAUCCGGUCGAGUCACAACACAAACAUGAAGCCUUGCGGGAAAAACAAAAGCUGCAGUCUACUCAGCCAGUUGGACCUCCAGUCGCCCCUAUGAGCGAUGAACCGUAUGGCAGUGUCCUACCCCCUGAGGGAAAGAGGAUGUACAGGUGCAGCUAUGACUUUGUGGCCCGCAACAACAGUGAGCUGUCAGUACAACAGGGAGAUACACUGGAGGUGGUGGAGUCGUCCAAACGCUGGUGGAAGUGUCGUAAUCGCUUCAACGAGGUCGGCUUUGUCCCCUUCAACAUCCUGGAGCCAGUGUCUCACAUCGAAAGCCCUGUCACCAUGAGACCACCAAAGCCUCCAGUCUCGCCUGCCCUGACCAAGACUCCCACUCCUCCGAUCCCUCCAGCCUUGAACCCUAGCUCCUUGACCCCAAGCCCCUCAGCCCACCACCGCCCUCCCCCACCAUCAUACAACCAAUACAUUCCAGCCGGAGAUGAGACAGACAAAGUCAUGAUGGUGAACGACGAGCUCCUCCAGAGACUGACCAACGGGAAGGCCAGCCUAAACAGGCCCCUGGUCAUCCCUCGCUCCUCGGACACCUCGGUCCCCCUGGACUACCACUCACCCCCCGAGGAGGUGGAGGAGUGGCUCAGGGGGAAGGGCUUCAGUGAGACGACGGUGACGUUACUGGGAAAGCUGACAGGAGCCCUGCUCUUCUCUCUGAUCAAGGACGACCUACGAGAAGUUCUACCAGACGAGGGUGCCAGAGUGUACAGCCAGCUCGCUGUGCAGAAAGCACUGUUGGAGGACGCCAAGAAGGCCACAGAGCUGGAGGCAGUGAUGGAAAAGCAGAAGAUGAAGGUGGAUUUGAAACUGGAGAGGAGCACACUGUAAGACCCAAGUGUCAGACAUCACGUACCACUCUCCUGAAAGAGAACAAUCCCUGCACACAUACAUGCACGCAAACACAAUCACAAGGACAGUCUUGAUCCUAUCUAACAAAAGUUAGAUUCACUGUCGGAUGUAAUAUUAUGCCGAUAUGAAUUUUAUGUAAUUGGUGGCUCUUCAAGUCAGACUGGAGUCUUGCCUUUUGCUGUAAAUGGUUGCUUUUAAGUUCAACUUAAGGGCAAUUGUCCUCUGUUAAGCCAAUAAUCUUUGAGGUAUUCUUGAAUAUUCUCUCCUUUCUAUGUUGACUUGAUUGAAUCAAUUGUACCAUUUCCCCCUUCUAUUUGCAGACCAACUUAAAUUAAUGUAUACUUG